AUGUCUUUAAGUGCCAAGGCUUUGUAUGCAGUGCAGAAAGCUGCUUUGGAAGAAGAAAUCGGACCAUUAGCCAUUGCUGAAGCAAGAACACAAUGCCCAGGGGAAGCGAAACGUGCUGUACUGACAAAAGCUCAGAAUACCUGGUUAUACAAUGAGUUAAGGAAAAACUAUGUCCCUCAGCUGGUGGAAGCAGAUUCGAUAUAUUACAAUCACUGGGCCGGAAAGGAAGAGAUGGUUUUGAGAAACAAGCCCCUCCUUAUGGCAUCGCUCGGCCUCAGUGCAUCAUCUGCAGCUCCUGCACUGAUCACUGCCAAGCCUCCCGGGCUGCCACAAUGGAAGGCUUUGACUGCAGCGACAGAACCACAGACUUCUGCCAAGAAACCUGUGCAGUCUAAGGCCAAAGCUCGCAGCUCCAAGACUGGCGCAGGCAAGAAGAAACAUUUUGGAAAAAAAAGAUUUGCAAUGAAAUCUCUUGCCGACCGGUUGCUUCAUUUUUCUGGUGGAUCCAUUGCGGAAGUGUGUCGCUUUGUGACUCGCCUAGUGACCAAAUUAGAGACAUCUUGCCCAGGCGUGAAGGCACAACUCUUGAAAGAUGAGCCCGUGGUUGACAAUCAGUUGCUCCAGACUUUAGGAGCACUUCGCUCAGAAGCAGUGCAGCAAGGAUUUCAAAGUAUCAGUAUCGCAGAUCUCGACAGACGCAUGAGUUUCGAAGGCCAGUGGCCCAGACAAUUCUUGCGCAAACACGGGUAUUCCAUUGGAAAGCGGGCAUGGGCAACAAUGCAGUCCCAACAGUUUGUCAACAAGCGAAGCAGAAAAGAUUGGGAAGCAUCCCGGAAAGGAGGCGCGCCAACGAAGAUUUCAGACCAUGUCUUGCAGCUGACGCGCGGGGUCCUUGAAGCAAACUCGAAACAAGGGUCAAAGGUCGGCAGGGUGCAUCAAAGAGCUGCAGGCAUCAUGGGCCAGCCACACAGAAGAGGUUCACAAGCGCAAGAGGUAGUUGUGCAUGAGCAAAGUUUACUCAAAACACCAGGUCGCUUGUGGGAGGAACAUCCGCAGCUGCGGCAACACAUCAGUCGAACUCGCUUCUAUUCGCUACUGAAAUCACAUUUCGCACAAUAUCGACUUGGACAGAGAUGCACAGAUGUGUGCACGCAUUGCCAAACAUAUUACCAGCAGAUCAUCCCCCGUUUUCGCAAGGAUUGGAAGGAUUUGCAGAAUCAGCUCAUUGCUGUCAUGCCAAGCUAUUUUGCUCACUGGCCUGCAGACCAGACAUAUGAGACCGUGCAAGCCGAAGCAGCUGCAGCGGUGGCGUAUGUGUCUAGCCACUGUGAGAAUUAUCGGCAAGAACGAGCUGCAGCAGGAAUUGACAGACUCCAACUCCGUUCCUUCACUGAAGCACCAGCUCUAGUACUUCUUCGAGGACACAGGUCUCUUCUACGAUCAUAUGAAUGGCACAUGGUGUGCGCCAACCGGCAAAGAACAAACUUUGAGAAAUUGGUUGAAGCAGCACUUCCCAUCGAUGCCACGUGCAUAUGUUUUGACUGGAAGGAGAAGGUUAGACUCCCGUGCGGUCCAAGUGAAAGCAGUGAUUCUUGGCAUAUGCAGCAGCGCUACGCAAUAGCAGUGUACGGCAGUGUGGUCUACAAGCACGCCCCAGACAGCACGGCCGAGCGCCCGAAAAUUCAACAUAACUAUUUCAUUUACCUCACUGAGAUUCGGGAGCAAACAGCAGAAGCAGCCAAUAACAUGUUCAACUUUGUUCUCGAUGAUGCCAAUGUGCCUCGGACCGGCACCCUCCACCUUUUCAGCGAUUGUGGACCGCACUACCGCAGUGCUGCCAACCUGGCUCAUUACGCACAGCUAUGCGUCCAGAGACAACAGCCUAUCGAAGUUUCUUAUUGGGCGGAGCAGCACGGAAAAAGUAUACUCGAUGCCUGCUUUGGGCGAAUCAGCGCUUGGGUUCGCGAGCAGAGCUUGCUGUAUCCUAUCCUCACUAUCGAUCAACUUGUGACCUCCUUGCAAAAAGCAGCUGCUGCCGCCAUGCAGAGUGACCCACGGGGUCCACGGUGGAGCUUCCGAGCAGUGGAUUACGGAGCAGAUGUGGCUUGGCUACGUGCGUACAUGGAGGGGCCCCGUUCCUGGGACUUGCCACCUCCUGAUCCGAGCUCGACCACUGUCCUGUGUCGCAAGUACGAGGCCCAGAAGCACAGACAAAAUCCUGCCUUCCGACCCAUUCGAACAUUUCACGAAAAGGUUCUGGCCAGAGCACAGAAAGCUGCGAAGGACAAGAAACGAUUACUGCGCAAACUCGAGGCCUUGCGAGGUGACCCUGUUGAUGCUUCGAGCUCCAGCUCCUCUAGUUCAUCCUCUUCAGAUUCUAGCACCGAGAGCGAGCAGUAA